AUGACAUCAACACUGCAGGGACAAGCAGAAUUGCGGAGAAAUGACAGCCAACCAAUCCUCGACAGGCCCGACAAGCUCAACGACCCAUCGUUCCUCCUCACUCUGCACCGCUGGGCAUCGCCUACCAGAAACAGAGCCGGUUCCACGACGCCGAACGGGCCUGUAGGGCUAGGACUCACGCGCAGCCCUCAUGACCCGUUCAUACUCAUCACGCUUAACCAGCUUGGCACCGUCUACCACGCCGCAAACAAGCCUGCCGCCGCUAAGACCGUCUUCCAGCGCUCUUUGAGCGCUGCAGAGACUGCGCGUGGGCUGAACAACACAUCCGCCCUCAAAGCCACAUUCAACCUGGCAUGCUAUACCAUACACAGGGCAGACUGCCUGACGCUAAGGGCAUGCUAA